AUGAAUAUGAACAAGAAUAACAUAUUAACUGAUGAACAAUGGUCACAAUUGUGUGAAGCAGUCAAUAUAUUUGAUCAAAAAGGUGAUCGGACCAUUCUUAAUCAAGUAUUAGUUUCACUUAUGACAACUAUAAUUUAUUCUCUUGAUGAUGAUGAUGAGGAUGAUCAUAAAGAAAAUGAACUUGCAAUUACUUUAAUUGAAAGUGAAGUUGCACAACUUAUUGAUGUUAAUGGUGGUUCUAGUUGGUCUUGUCGACGUCAACGAAUUCAACCUUUUAUUCAAAAUAAUCAAACAUUUGCAAAUUAUCUCAUUAAUUUAGCAAGAGCCAAAUCACUUGAUGCAAAUAAUACUGGAUUCAUUCCAAAACAAACAAUUAAAAAUUGUUUUGCAGGACAAUUAAAUGAAAAGAAAAUGGCAGAAUUGUUACAAUUUGUAGAUAUGGAUAAUAGUGGAAAUAUCGAUUAUAAAGUCGUUGCAAUUGAAGGAGCAAAAUUCUAUCACAAUGCACCAAGAGAUAUUAUUUGCAACUUAGCAGAUAUUGAUGAGAAUGAAUUAUUGAAGACAUCACCUGAUUCCGGAAAAUCUCGUUUAGCUAUUGUUCUUUGUCGGGAUAAUACUAUUCUUUGGGAAACAUAA